AUGAGUACGCCGAAAGAAAAAAUAAGAAUGAAUCAAAAUUAUUUCUUGCCAAGCUAUCUAAGAGGCAGUCCGUUUGAAGAAUAUAACGAAAAGAACUAUUUACCACUUCUCUUGCCCACUCAUUGGAAUUCUGCUGAUGGUGACGAUUAUAUAACUAUCGUUGAUGAAUCUAAAUUAUCUCUUAAAUAUUCCGGUAAUGUUCUUUUGAGAUAUAAAGUUCAUAUUGAUUCACAAGGUUUUAUUUCUAUUCAAAUUAAUGACCUAAACAAAUUAAUAGGGCCCGGAAGGAAUUGGGUUGAUGCAGCUAGUAUAAGAUCAAAUAACCGCAUUUCUCCUGAAGUUGGUUUAUACUAUUUCGAGAUAACCGUUAUUGAUAGAGGUCACAGAGGAUGUAUUGGAAUUGGGCUAAGUAAACCCGGAACACGCUUAAAUAGAAUGCCAGGAUGGGAGCCAGACACGAUAGGAUAUCACGGUGAUGAUGGCCAUUUAUACCAUGAGCUUGGAACAGGAAGAAAAUUUGGCCCUCUAUAUACAACUGGAGAAACCGUUGGUUGUGGUAUAAAUUAUUAUGACAAAGAAAUAUUUUUUACGAAAAAUGGAAUUAUCCUUGGCGUUGUGGCAAACAAAGAUAAUUUCAAUGGUGUAAUGAUUCCUACAUGUGGUAUGGAAAGUCCAAAUGAAAGUGCCAUGGUGAAUUUUGGUGCACGACCUUUCGUAUUUAAUAUUGAGGUAUAUGCAAAGACAAUAUUUGCAAAUGCUAAACAAAAAGAGAAGAAAAAAGCAGAGGCAGCUGCAGAAAUAGCUGAGAACAAUGGCGACGUGACGCAAGUGUCCGUGGAAACUGCCGAGGAAGGAUCGGUUGAUGCAGCAGCAGAUACAAUGACAGAUGGAAAUGUUGUUCAAAGAUCUGAUACUGUGACGCCUCCUGAGGCAAAUAAUGUUCCAGACGCAAUUACAAUUUUGACGUCUGAUAAUGCAGUAAAUAUAGUUGCAGCUCCAGUUACUAAUAAUAUAACAGACAUAAAUACUAUUCAACAAGUCGAAAUAUCAACGGCGGAUGGUAUAACGAAUAAUGUGACAGGUGAAAAUGCAAUUAAUGAAAUGAUCACAGCACUAACAGACAUUAGUUUCAUAACGCCUGACACAAGAGAUGCAACUGAGUUAAUACCAGCCGUGAGUAAUAGUUCAACCACCACAAUAGAACCUUUCGAAAGUCCGGCUCUUGAACCCGAUCCUAUUCCCCCGCUUGUAAAUGAAACAAUCAUUUCGGGUAAUACCAUAGAAGGACAAUCAAAUGAAACUUUCACAGGUGCAACUGGUGUUAUACCAAACGUCGUUGAUAUUACUGUGUCAAAUUCUGUUGACCUAAUAGAAGUGCUACCACCUGACGUCGUUACAGUUGCUGAGGAUAGCGGUAUUACGCAAAAUACCAUAGAUGUGUCUUUAGUUUCUUGA